CUGUGCCGGCCGGAUCGACCUCCUACGGUGCGCAACAUCGUUCAUGGUCCACCCUUGGGUGUCUGUCUGACAGGAGGGUUGGUGAUGCAAGGCUCAGCCUCUGACAGCAAGAUAGCUAAACAGGAGCAGAACUCCAAACAUCUCGACGAACACAAAGAAAUGGAUGACAUGUCUGAGAAAACCUCCCCGAACAAGACCCUCAAAUCUCCCCAGAAAGGCUCCAAAAGGAUUAAAACGGCCCCCUUCAAAGUAACCCUAUUGGAUUCCUCUGUGUUUGAAGGAGAAAUUGAGAAACACUCCAAAGGACAGACCCUGAUGGACAUGGUGUGCGAGAACCUCAAUCUGCUGGAGAAGGACUACUUUGGCCUGACCUUAUCUGACACAGAUAGCCAGAAGAACUGGUUGGACCCCUCCAAAGAGAUCAAGAAGCAGAUGCGCAACUCUCUGUGGCAGUUUUCUUUUGCUGUCAAGUUCUAUCCUCCUGACCCCUCCCAACUCACAGAGGACAUUACCAGAUACUACCUGUGUCUGCAGCUGAGAGAUGAUAUGCUUUCAGGUCGACUGCCAUGCUCAUUCGUCACUCACGCCCUCCUGGGCUCAUACACCAUUCAGGCCGAGCUGGGAGACUACGAGCAAGACGACCACGGCUCCGAUUAUGUCACUGACUUCCGCUUUGCUCCAAAUCAAACCCGCGAGUUGGAGGAGAGGGUCAUGGAGCUCCAUCGAAACUACAAGGGAAUGACUCCAGCAGAGGCUGAAUUAAACUUCUUGGAGAAUGCAAAGAAAUUGUCGAUGUAUGGGGUGGACCUCCAUCAUGCUAAGGACUCUGAGGGGAUUGAAAUAAUGCUUGGUGUCUGCGCCAAUGGCCUGCUAAUUUACCGCGAUAGGCUGAGGAUCAACCGCUUUGCUUGGCCAAAAAUUCUGAAGAUCUCAUAUAAGAGGAGCAACUUUUACAUUAAGAUAAGACCUGGCGAGUAUGAGCAAUUUGAAAGCACGAUUGGUUUUAAGCUUCCCAACCACAGAGCUGCCAAGAAGCUGUGGAAGGUCUGCAUCGAACAUCACACAUUCUUCCGGUUGGUGUCUCCAGAACCUCCUCCCAAGGGAUUUUUGGUAAUGGGUUCAAAGUUUCGAUACAGUGGAAGGACGCAGGCUCAAACCAGGCAGGCCAGUGCCCUCAUAGACCGUCCUGCGCCUCACUUUGAGCGUUCGACCAGCAAGAGGUACCUUCUGUCCAGGAGCUUGGAUGGAGAGUUCUCACGGCCGGUGUCGUCCAUGUGUGACAACCACGAUGGCCUGUCCCACCGCAGCAUCAGUGAACAGAGACGCCUCCACAGCACCUCUGUGGAUGAGCAGGAGACCGAGCUGGAGCCCAGUCUGGAGCAGGACGAGGAAGAGAAAGAGCUGGAGGAGGAGAAGGACUAUGACGGCAAUGUCUCUCCAACCAGAAAGAAAGAAAUUGUGGAGGAAGCUGGCUCACAAGCUGACAAUAAACAGGAGUUUUUGGAUAAGUCACAAGACAUCAUACUGAAGCACCAAGCUAGCAUCAACGAGCUGAAGAAAGCCCUAAGGGAGCCCAACAGCAAGCUGAUAAACCGUGAGAAGUGUCUGUCAGAGACAUCACCAACUGGAACACCAGAGAAGAAGGCUUUGGCGGGUCGAGCAGUGGGAAAGGACCCUGUUAACAGCCUGUCUGUAGAGGGUUUUGUCCAGAAGACUCUGGUGACUUCACCUGAGCCAGAGCGGUCAAAGAGUGUAACAUGCAAGGAUGAAAGAGACCGGGCGGGACUGGAAGAGCCCGCAUGUGUCGUCAGAAGAGAAUACCGCUGGUCGGUUGGCUCUCCAGAGGGAUCUUCAGACCUCAACUGGACCGAUGCUCCCACCUUCCAAUCAGCAUGUGCUGCAGAUGUAGAUGUUCUGGGUAAAACUGAACACCCAGAGGAUAACUUUCCUCCUGGAAGAGGUUCCACAGAGAAUCAGCCAUUGGGCUCAAAGAUUUCAGCGCUUCCCAAAAUGGCUCCCCCAGCUCCGCCGGUGAAAACACAGAAAGCUCGAGAGUCUGGGCUAAUACUGCGGAACAGCCGAAAUGCCGGCCGGGAGCCGAGCCUGGACGCAGCCAAGAAGAGACACUCGGAGCCUGUCUCCACUCCUGCCAUAUACGAGGAACCUUUUGCUGACUUCAAGAAAGAGUUUGGGGAGAGAAGUGCUCAGCCGAGUGUGGGCUCAGAGGAGGAGCAAGAGCGGGACCCUGUGGCCUGCAUGAGGGAAAGCCACCUGGGCAUCGAGCGUAAGUGCUCCAGCAUGACGGUCAGUUCCACAUCCAGCCUGGAGGCCGAGGUGGACUUCACCAUCAUCACCGACCUCCACUCUGGGAUGGAGGACUUUUCCAAAGGCAUGUCAGACCUGGGAGAAAAGGAGCAGAUGCCUGAGGUGGGACAAGAGGACUUUGAGGAGACGUCACGGUUCUACUCAGCCCGUCUAAUGGGCUCCAGGGACAAGUUUCCCAUGGAGGAGAAGCUUCCUGAAGAGGGAGCACAUCAUGAGCCACCUGUAGCAAAGAAAGACCCCAGCGCUGUGAACUUGGCUCACAAGCUGAAGAGGGCUGACACUCGGUCUGAGACGAACACAAAUGGAUCGGAACCCCAUCCAAAUAUCAUAAAUGUCUCAUCACAGAACUAUGAAGUUGUCAGCCCUCAAGAGGCUCCCAUUGCUCUUACAGAAAAUGGCUCCCCUGUUAAAGCUGGCACCCAGGAGAGGGAGCCUGUUGUGUCCCCACUGACCAUCACAGCUGAGAGUGUCACCUCGGCCACCACAACACAAGUUACCAAGACAGUUAAAGGAGGCUACUCGGAGACAAGAAUUGAAAAAAGGAUUAUAAUCACUGGGGACGAUGAUGUGGACCAACAUCAGGCGCUCGCCCUGGCGAUCCAGGAGGCCAAGCAGCAGCAUCCCGACAUGCUAGUGACAAAAGCAGUGGUUAUCAGGGAAACGGAGUCUCCCACUAAGGAGUUGCGGCACAAAGCAGAGUCAUGAUCGGCUAUGUUGGCCUCUGAGACGGGAAUGGGGGAGGACCCUCCAGCUGAGUGUCUCCUGUCCCGCCAGGCAGUUCACCACCAAUCCAAUCCAAGGACUCCUUCUCCACUGUGUAUGAGCUGUCACCAGAACAGACUGCAUUCCAUGAAGCAGUAAACCUGCACUCUUGUCCCUUUAGACAAGCCAACUUUGACACGGCCUCAAACUCAGACGAGCCUCUUGCCCUUUCCUUUCUUGGACCAUUCCAGCCAACAGGAAACAACCUCUUUUUGAUGAUUCGUCAUGAAUCUAAAAAUGUUUUGGCUCCUUUGGCCAAUGAGUCCCCCUUUCACAGAACUGUCUUCAUAUAUAUAUACAUAUAUAUAUAUAUAUAUAUAUAUUUAGAUUUACAUGUAGAUCUUGCUGAUGGUGUGGGUCCAGGGGGGAGGUGCCAAGAAGAGCUUCUGCUGAUUGUUGUCACCUCCUGGCUGUUACGCCUUCAGUUUAAUCAACUGCUGUCUUAUUAGCUUUUUACAUUUUUAUCCAUAGAACAUCUAAUUUAUGUUCCGUGUUUGCCUGUUUAUGAAAUAUGUAUAAUAUCAGGUGAUUAUUAUCUGCAUGAAUCACUAAAUAAUAGCAGAGGGAAUGGAACAAAUAUAGACAUCUACAUUUAAAACCUCCUUAGAUGAUGGGAGGGAGCAUCGAGGUGGAAAGGAUGAAUAGAAACAUGUCAGUACUGAAGCGGACAGACUGAGAAACACUUUGUUGGACAGCUAAUACUAACCUCCAAAUAACAAAAAAAUCACUGUUCUUGUUCAUCAUGGUUAUCACUUCAAAUUGAUGACAAGUCGCCACCAUCAGAAAGAGAGGCUAGAUAGGAUUUUUAGAGGAAUGUUUUAAUAUGAAUCAUGUCUACUAAAUUUUUCAAAUAUGAUGCUGUGUUUUUACAUUUUUUUUCUUUGAUUUUAGUCAAACUGAACCGAGCUGUUGUUCUUGUGCUUUUGGACAUUUUAGUCUUCAUAUGUGAAAAUGCUAUGCCCUAAUAUCUUGUACUUUGCUUAAUUGCCAAUCAAAUAGAUUUAGCAUGAGCUGAGAGCACAACUUUGAUAUUUCAAAACAUAACUAACUGAGCAUGAAUCACUCAGUGUGAGAAACAAGACAUCUAAAAUAUACUUAAAUUAAAUUAAAGUUGCAUUAAUGUUUGGUUAAAUGUGUUGAUGGAAUGUUGAUAUUCAGCUAGAUUUGACUAGGAUUUCCAGGAACAGCAAAUGAGGGAACCAGACUUAAGAGUUCUGUUUAGCAGGUAAGCCUGCUAAGAGACUGUCAUUCCUUUCUCUGUUAUCAAAUCUAGGGUGAUACCAGAUUUCCAUAAAAAAAUUCAAUUCUGAACCUUUAGUUAUUUUAUUUUUUUUCGCAGCAGCAGCAGUAUUUAUUUUGUAUAGUUUCUUACGUGUCUUGCAGAUUCCCAGUUGUUUUUGCGCUGCAAAUGUACGGAAGGCAAAAAAAGGACUAAAGUGCAAGGACAAUAGCCAAAAUGUAUCGAGACAAACAUUAGAUUUAUUUAAUUGAAUAUGGAGUGACAUUUGUAUUUAAGUUCCAUUACUCAGUUUUAUUUCCCAAUUUAAUUUAAUUUUUUGUUUAGCUAGCUAACCCUUCACUGUGUUAAAUUGGCUAACUUUAUCUGCUGUAAGGGGUUGGGCAGGUAAAGCAGAUUUUUUUUUUUUGUAAUUAAUUAAAGGGAUUCUAUUCUGUGUACUUUUUCUAAAGGGGGCUUUGAUUAGAUGGUUAUUUAUGGGUAUGGGUGACUUACCUGGAAUAGAAGCAAGCGGAGCAUCUUAAUAUCUUAAUGUAAGGAAUUUGAGAGAAAUAUUGUAUGGCGAUUGGUAUACAUCACAUUUGCUACUUGGAAGAACCUCACGCAAACUUUAUAAAAGAAUAAUUAAAUAACGAAAAUUUCUUUAAAGAAGCACCAGUCGAAUGACAAUAUUAACACAUGGUGAACAGCAUCUUUCACAUUCAAGGAUUAAUUUUUACAUUACAAAAGUCAUGCUAGCAACAUCAAAAGCAGUCCAGGUAAUAGUGAUAUUUUUAAAUGAUUUUUUGGAUCAUAUGUACAUGGCCUGAAAAGUUCCAAACCACAAGAUUAAUGUACUUUUUCUUUUCUGUUGGAUUAAGUUUUGCUGUAUGAGUUUAUAUUUAUAGGAGUGAUAGAGGUGAAUCCCUCCCUAUUCUCCUCGUAAAGACAAAGCAGAGUGCGCACAGUAAAACACACCGAAUGCUGUCCAUCUGCAGAGCGUGCUGGUUGUCAAAUAUAUCCACACUGUAUGUCCUGAGUGACCUUAUACUAUACUAUGCAUCAAUUAUCAGUCAUAAGAAUUCCUCUGAUGAAGCCUGACCCAUGUUAGCCUUGUUGCUGUCAUUGUUAGCUUUCUGCUACUGUUAACUGAGGCAGUGAUGUACACUGCUUGUGAGAUUUGCAAUAAGCAGCCAUUGCUUUUAUCCUUUGUCCUCUAAAGGGAAAAAACUGUGAACUCUUAUGUGUACCAACGCGUAACCAAAACCUAUAACGCAGAGUUGUAGGGUGAUAAUUGAAGGAGCUUUUCCAACACGGCUUUGUGGCCCUCAUCUUCUGUCCUCCUGGCUUGAUAAUGCCAACCUGCUGUUGAUUUAUCUGUGGAAGAAAGAGAUCCUCAAACUGCUGAUUUGUAUAUUACAUUUAGCUAUAUUUUAUUUCUUUUCAUAUGACACUGGAUUGUUGUGAAGGCUCUUAUUGAGUUGGACAUACUGCUGAAGAUAUUUACUACUGAUAGUAGGUACUAUGCUGAGAGGCUUCUAUGAACUAGAAGUAUGAACAUUCAUGAUUUUGGGUGUUCUUGAGGAGCAGAUGAAUGGUCAAGGCACCAAUCAUUAAGGAAAGCAAGGAAAGCAAUGGAGCAACAGAGAGAAAAACAUGAGUGGGUGCCUUAAGUUAUCAUUUAAAGUACCGGGAGCAGGGCCAACAUUCGUCAGUGCUGAGUUAAAAAUGUCCAAGGUGAGGAGUUGUUUCGGAAUCAAACUCGUCUUGUAGAAUAAUGUCACCUCCGAAUUAGUGAUGAAUGAAAAUCAAAACAGAAUUUGGGCUUUUUGUCUCCACUCAGACAUAAUGUGCUGGUUUACAUGUGUUGAAACCAGCACAGUGUUGUUCAUAGAUUUAUUUAUUUAUUUUAUUUGUCUUUGUAAAGGCCAUCAAACUGUUCUGCUGUUGGGCCCCCACCUUCAAUUCUCGACUGCCCUAUGCUCUACAUUCCCCUAGUGCUUAGUGGUGUGUAUGUGCUGUAUUUGCAUUCAGUUUAAAUGGAAAACAACAUACCUACAUAAAUAAAUGUCUCAGUAUGA